CUCAAGCUACAACAGAGGAGGAGCAGAGAAGAGUUGGUCAACCAGGGGAUAAUGCCUCCACUGAAAAGUUCAGCUGGCUUCCACGAGCAGAGACGAUGUUUGGAACGAGCACGGACUGAGGACUAUCUCAAGCGAAAGAUCAGAAGUCGUCCAGAGAGAUCUGAACUGAUCAGGAUGCACAUCCUGGAGGAGACAUCAGCAGAGCCGUCACUGCAGGCCAAGCAGCUGCAGCUUAAGAGAUCUCGUCUAACCGACGGUUUGAAUGAUAAGAUCUCCCACCGGCCAGGCCCUAUGGAGCUGAUCCACAAAAACAUCCUACCUGUCCACUCCAGCAUCAAACAGGCCAUCAUGGAGACACAGUUUCCAAAGGCUUCAGCAGAUAACUCGUCAUGUGAUGAGGACAGCUAUGACAGUCUCUCUCCAGAACAGCCAGUUAACCAGGAGUCUCCUCUGGGUCUGGGACCCCUGCCCUCUCCAACAGAGACACUGGCUGGCAGCAGCAUCCCAUCUCCUUCACAGGUCCCUCCUCCAGCUCCCCCUCUCCCAUCAAUCUCUAGAUCCUCCCCCUCACUGAAGCUGACCAAUGGGGUGGCAGCACCAUCUGCCCAGAGGACUGGUCCUAAACUUAACUGUGACCGCUCUGCCCAAAGACACAAGAAACCAAAGGACAACAAGCCUAAGAUAAAGAAGUUAAAAUACCAUCAGUACAUCCCUCCUGACCAAAAGGGAGAUAAAGAGCCUCCUCCUCAUUUGGACUCAUCCUAUGCCAAGAUCCUCCAACAGCAGCAGCUCUUCCUGCAGCUCCAGAUACUCAGUCAACAGCAGCAACAGCAGCACAACUACCACACCAUCCUGCCUGCACCACCCAAACCUCAGACUGACCAGCAACCACCUUCCUCAUCCUCCUCCAAUGCCAUGACCACCUCCUCUCCACCUUGGCCUGUUGCUACCCCUUCAACAGCCCCCUCUAAUCAAGGCAGUCUCAGCCAUCAGAGUUCUACCUCUUCAGGGGGGACCAAACCGGUGUGUCUACCUCCAAACCUGGAAGAAAUGAAGGUCGCAGAACUGAAGACCGAGUUGAAGCUGCGUAGCCUGCCUGUCUCUGGCACCAAAAACGACCUCAUUGAGAGGCUGAGGACCUACCAGGAGUUGAUUGGAGGCAGUGACACUACCUCUUCUCCAACAGUAGGGGGUACCAUAGUGCCAGGGGCUGAAAGAGUAGGAAAAUCCCCUAAAACUGUUGCAACCACCAUCAAUAACAGUUCAUCACAACAACAGCAACAGUUCCAGUUUCAGUGCCAUCAGACAUCCUCUCUGAUCAGUCAGUCAGCUAGUGCAGGAAGAAGUGCCACCCCAGCUGCAGUCACUGCUCAGCAGCUUAUGAACUGUGCUAGGAAUGUAUCUCCCCCAGCCGUCUCCCUCACCCCCUCUGACCACUCGCUGGUGUCCAUGAGUCCAGAAGAAACCUGCUUUAACAGCAACCCUUUGGAAAUGCUGAACCUACAGCCAUCUUCAACUUCUCAGCUCUCCACAAACAUUAAAGAAGAGCCUUCAUGCUCCACCGCCACACCUUGUCAAUUCUCUUUAAAGGCCGUCUCUCUGCAGAAACACUGCCUGGUCUCAUCAGCUGCUCCCACCACCACAACCACAGCUUCAGCAGCGACUAUGGACAAAGACAAAAUGCUGCAGCAGAAAGAUAAGCAGAUAGAGGAGUUGACCAGGAUGCUAAUGCAGAAACAGAGGCUGGUGGAGUUACUCAGGAUGCAGCUGGAGCAUGGGAAGGGAGGAGGACAAGUUGCAGAGCCUGUGGUUCUUGUAAGAGUAAAACAAGAACCACCUGAUAAGCCUGAUCUCACAAUCCCAUCAUCCUCACUUUCAUAUGAGAUGGAUGUUACCAAGGUAACUGUUAAACAGGAAGCUAUCGAUGCAGAGGAAGUUGAGCCCGAGACAACUAUGCGAUCACCAGACACUCAUGGGUUACUGCACUCCCAAACUCAGGAGCAGAUUCAGCUGCAAAUCAAGCCAGGCCAGACCAGCAUGCAAACAAAACAACAUGCACUUGUACGUCUCCAGCAAACCGCUCUACAGCUGGCCCAGCAACAGGCCAUACAGAAACUCUUACUACAGCAGCAGCACAACAUUCAGAACAACAAUCAGACGCUGGUCAAUCAACAGAACCUGCAAAGACUUUCCCAGCAGAGAAAGAAGAAAUCUCACAAACAGCAGCUCAAACAGCAGCAGCAGCAGAGCCAACAAUCACAACAACAUCAGCAGUCAAAACAGCAUCAACAGACGAUGCAGCUGAAGCAACAGAUUCUACUGAAGCAACAAAAAUCACUGUUACACCAGCAAAUAAAACAACAGCAGCAGACUAAACAGCCACAACAAAUCCAGAUACAGACAAAGAUACAUCUGAAGCAGCAGCAGCUUCUAAUACAACAGAAACAAAAGGAACAAAAGCAGUCACUGCAGCUGUCUCAAGCACACAUCAACCAGCAGUCAGGCUCCACUCCCUCCUUCACUCUGGAUCUCUUCAAGAGUGACUCCACCCCGACUCUGGUCACCGACGGCAACGGUAACCACUUCCUGAUCGCACUAACCAGUCACAUCACUGAUGACCAAAGAACAGACGCAACCGAGAGCAAAGAAACCAAUCACAUUACACUGCAGCGACUACAGUCUACUCCAGCCAAGCUCCCAAGCCACGACCCUGUUCAGCCAACAGCAGCUGAUAAUCAAUCCAAACAGAACAUGCAUCUUGGAUUCUCGAAACAAAAAAAUUCAAAGGCACACAGCGGGGGACUGCAGGUAUCUGUAGAUCAACCUCAGCAGGGAGUCACUCAGUGUUUGUCAGCACCACCAACUCUGCAGCCUUUCUUAAAGGACUUAGAGACCACUCUCCUAGGGGAAAACACCACAUUGCCUUCCUCUCCAACUGAGGUGUGCCCUAAUAUGGAUGUCCUGUUCAGUCCUCUGUCUUCAGCUUCCAUUAAGACAGUUGCCUCAUCACCUGAUAACAAAGAUAAAGAGCAUGAAGAUGAUUUUAUUGACAUCAUUUUGAAGGACAGGACAGGAGAAAUGUCCACCACUUUCAAACUAGAACCAGACCCUUCUCUGGACCACCUGAAUUCCACGUCUUCUGCCUCUUCUUCUCUGGACCACCUCAAUUCCACGUUUUCUGCCUCUUCUCCUCCUCCCCCCGUCCUGCCCGGCUGUGACAACCCACAGUUCACCCCCUCUACACCGCCUGAGCUUCAGACUCCAGCCGACAACUCAGAAGAGAAGCAACACCUCAGUAAUUGUACAAGUGGACGUCUGGAAGACUUUUUGGAGAGCACCACUGGAACACCUCUCCUUGGUGUGGAGCCUGGUGGCCUGUUGACUUUGAUUGAUGACCUCCACAGCCAAAUGCUGUGCACCCCCAGCAUCUUGAACCAUCCACUGUCUCCCAUGGAUACCUUCAACCUGGCACCAGAGGGGGAGCAAGCUUUGGACAGUAUGGACUGGUUGGGCUUCACUAUGGGAGAAGAGAAGGGUGAGGAAACACCCACACUGGCUCCACUGGGCCCUCCAACACCCACUAGUGUCUUUUCCACAGACUUCUUGGACAGUUAUGACCUGCAGAUGCACUGGGACUCCUGCCUAUAGCCUACAGCAGUCGGAAAACAAGUGUCCAAUAUGGAACUACAUGCACUAAAUCGUGUAAUUGAUUGCUGAGGCUUCAGUGUUUGAUUAGAGCACUCUCGCUGGUGUCUUCACACACACCGGUAUAUUGAAUCUUCAAGCACUUUGACCUUUAUUUAUUUUAUUUACAAACUGCACCAUUGACUUUUGUGCACACAUCAGGCAGGUCCUGCAUCUAUAUGUGCUUCUAUUUGUGCUACAUCUUAAUUAAUCUCAUCUUUCCUUUGUCACA